AUGACAGAAUUAUUCUUAGAGGUAUCUGGUGCCCAAGAUGAAAGUGCAAAUCUAUUCCUUAAAAAAUAUAACAAAAUUGGGGAUAGAUUUCUUCAUGACAUCGAUAUUUUUACAGUGAAUCAUUUAAAUGCUGAAGGUGUAGUUAAUGAAAUUCAAAAUAUAAUGAAAGAAAAAUGGUCACAUUUGUUACACUUACAGCAUGAUGAAUUACAACAAAAUGCUUAUUUUCAAUGGUGUUUAACUAUUUCACUGGAAAAUGUUAUUGUCGAGAAAUUGUAUGAAAAAGUUAUGCAUGUUUUUCAUAAUGAAUUCGAAUGUUUGGAUAUGAUAUAUUUUGCAAAAUGUAAGAAAUUAUCCAAAUUAGAUGUAACACCCGAUCAAUUAGGAAUACCAAAAGAAUUUGUAACACCUUUACCAGCAGCUAUUGUUGAAUUAGCAACAUUGGAUACACAACGAAGUCCUAUAGAGAAGCUAAAUUGCUUACAAACAACUUAUGAUUUAAUUUUAGCAGAAUUAAAAGGUGGAAUUAUUGAAGUAAUAGCCGAAAUCACAGAUCUUGAAAUACCAACAAUAACAAAUGAAAUAAUAACGUUGUUAUUUAUGUAUGUUAUAAUAAAAUCUAAGCCUGUUCAUUUGAUAUCAAAUUGUUAUUUCAUAAAUAACUUCCAACAUACAAUCACACCGGAUCAUGUGUUCAGUUCUAUUUUACAAAUAUUUCAACAAGCUGUCGAUAAAUUGAAACAUUUCAAUAUUGAAGAACUUAAUCCUCGUAACGCACAAUUUCAUCCGAACAUAGGACUAGGAGAUUUAAUACAAAUUACCAGUGAAAUUCACUCACGUUUUGAUAAAAAUGGAAGGCGCAUUUAUAAAAUUUCAUCUCCUAGUGAUCUACAUUUAGAGCGAUUAACUGCAAUGAUUGCUGCUGCUACGUUGAAAAAUUCUUGAAUUAAAGAUUAAUAUUGUCUUUUAUGUAAAAUUUUUAAUGAAAAUGA